UUCGUUCGUCGCAUUCAACGCGUCUACGUCUUCAUAUGCUUUUAAGGUGUGUACGAGCAUACACAGCAUAAAAAUAUGUUUGCAUAUGUCUGCCUAUAUAUCCACGUAAUUAUGUACAAACCCAAAGCGAUCGCAGCCCAACCGCUCCGCGCUCAUUAGUCUUGAACAAAUUGAAAUGCGCCCGGGCGCGCGCGCGCUCUAAUCGUGUAAGAAUGCAAAUCAACUGAAACGUACUAGAAAUGGAAAUGCAUAUGCGCUUGUGUGCAUGUGUGAACUGCUUGGUGAAAUAGAGUAAAAAGCGGAGGUAAAAGGAUUUAAUUGCAGAUUAAUGCAAAACAAACAAGCCAAUAAUGAAAGUGAACCAAUAAAUUAUGAGUUUGCGUUAAAAAAAGUGUGAAAUUAAAUUAUUUUCGCGGCGAAAAUGAAUUUUUGUACAAGUUUUGAAAGAUAUGAGUAUAAAGUUCAGCAAAGCUUUUUAUGACAAAAACAACAAUAAAUCAUAACACUAAUACGCAAUAAAAGGCGUUAAUAACAUAACCGCAAAAUGCAGGUCAGUUGCUUUCGAAAACGGUGCCAAUUUGGUAGCCAAAGAUCAACUAUAAUACAACAACAAGAGGCAACUAUAUUACAACAAUAAUAAGCUAACACAUAUUGUGUGAAUGGAGGCGCAGAAAGUGCAAAAACUAUACAAUAAACUUUAAAGCUCCAAAUUGAAUAAAAUUGACAAAAAUAACAACAACAACAACUAAAACAACAGAAGCUGCAAACUAGACGUCAAAAAUUGACAGGCGACAGGCACUGAGACAGUUAGUGUAGCAGCAGCAGGAGCAAGCGCCUAGCGACGUUGGCGACAGCAACGAUGACAGCGACCAUGGCGGCCAAAGAUACAAAUCAAUUGACGCGGACCAACGCCAACAUCACCGGUACCAGCACCACCAGCCUCCACCCAAUAAGGCGGCAGCCAUUUUACCCGCAGCCAUCAGCGCGGGUGAAUACAAUAUCGGCAACAACAACAGCAGUGCAAACAAUGAUGGGCCGAGCGAUAAAUAUUGGUUUUGCUGGCUACACACACGCGCACACAGAGACCCAGCAUGCGGGCGAUGGUGGAAUAAUGCAUGAAAGGGCGCACCAACAACGUAAUGAAGUGUCCGCGCCGACUCGAGUCGCCGCAUGUGUCGAUAUCGGUGUUGUUGAUGACGAUGGGGACAUUGUCGAUAGCAACGGCAAUGCGUACACACGCAGAGAUAGUGUCGCCGCCACGGCUGCUGCAGCUGCCGCCGCUGUUGGCGAUGUUAAUUUUCCCGUUGACACGCGCACAGGUGUGACGACGGGCGGCAUUAUGCUGGACGCUGUGGACGUGGACGUGGAGGUUGACGAUGAUGAUGAGAGCGACUCGUUCGGUUCGAUGGAGACGUUGUCGGACAAUGUGGCUGUUUGGGUGGACGGCGAGAAGCACUGGGUGGCGGGUGUGGAUGCGAGUACGACGUGUGCGGAUUUGAUUGGCGCGUUGCUCAAUUAUCAAAACGCACAGCAAUUGCAGGAAAAACACUACCAGCAGCAACAGCAGCCACAACAGCAUAUGUUUAGUGUCAACAGCGGCAAGAGCAAUAAUAAUAAAAAUAGUACCAGCAAGAGCGCGGCAAAUCCAGCCAUCAAUCAAUCAACGUUAAUAAAAACAUCAACGCAUACCAAAGAAAAUUGCGAUCCAUCGUUCGCUGCGAGCGGUGAAUUGACUAUUGGCAGUUGCCUUCCCAUCGCAGCUGCUGUGUCGAUGGCGCUAACUGUGCCGGCGAGUAGUGGUGGCGCACCUCUGUGUGGCAACCGGCUAACGAACGCCACUGAGUACGUCAUUGUCAAGCAGCAUCGCCACUGUGAGGAGUACUUGGAUGGCAAUGCGAAGGUAUUCGAUGUGAUGCCAGUGCAGGAUGGCCCCUCAAAGAAGGAGUGCGAAUUGCUCUUGCGUCGCCUCACUGCCGUCAACAGCAACGGCAAUGGCAACAGCAAUAAUGGGACUUUCUCGGCAUUACCUAAUGCGUUGCACCGCGCCAGCUCACCGUCGCUCAAUCUGAACACACAGGUCUCCUCGUUGCUCUCCACGGACAAGGACAGCGGCAUGGGCAGUCCGGUGGGGAGUUCGCGCAGCGCACGGUUACGUCGCCGCAAGUACAAAUCAGCCGCUACGGUCAGUUGGUUGGCACAGGCGAAUACUUUGCAUCCGCGCGUCUCACAACGAGCUGUAGCCGCUUUCAGCGGACUCGGCAACGCGCUGACCAACGCACAGGUGAGUAAAGGCGGUGGCAAGCACAUCGCCGUCAUCGACUGUGGCAUGGGUGAGGAGGAUGAUGUGACCGCGGAUGCGCUGGAUGGCUUAGGAGUAGGCGUCGAUGGAGGUGAAGGGGGCGUAAGUGCAAAUGAGCGGCUACUGAAAAUUAUUCUAGCGCAGGACGAAACCAUUCAUCGACAGUUGGCCCUUUUAAGAGAAAAGGAGCGACAAAUUUCGAAAAUUGAGGAGGAGAAGCAUCGAGUCCGCGAGCGUGAAUUGGGUAAAAAUUACCUACUAGAAACGUACCUGAAUGGCCUGGAUGAGGCGCACGCUGAGCCCGACUUGGAGGCGUGCACCGAUGUGGCAUUGGCCGAUAGUCCGCUUAAUGAAUUCAAUGAUGUUCGUGUUGCUGAUACUAGCCUCGUUCAUUACGGCGAUGGCGUUGCUGCAGGCGCCGCAGAUGGUGUUGGCCGUGAUGAUGAUGCUGACGUGGAGAUAUAUAUUGACGAAUCGUAUCAGCGGACAGCGAGGACAAUUGGCGCGCAUACAACCGUGGCAGGCGUAACAACAACAACAGUAACGAACAAGGAUACUGGCAUAUCUAAAGCAAGAGAUUUCCAUUCGAAUGCGCGACACUCGAAGAAAUUAAAGGGCGACUUCGGUGGAGAUGGGGGAGCAGGAGGUGCGGCGACAGGCGGAAAGAUUGAAACAAAUAAGCAAGCAAUCGGCAAUUGUGAAGAUAACGAGACGGACGUGGCAGCGCAACUCGUGUGGCUGGAAAAGAUCUACGCGCUCAACAAGAAGCUGCAGCGCGAGGAGGAGAUGCUGCUGAAGUUGCACGCGAAAAUACGAAAACAUCAAGUGAAACGUGCCUACCAAACCAAACGUGAAGUGUUGCAACAAAUUGAGAAAUUGGAUGCGGAGUUGACGUUGCAAUGUUGUGACAUACGCGCCGUCGAGAGCAAAUUGCACACGUCCAACGAGCAACUGAAACAGAAGCUGGGCGUUUUGGAGCGGCUGAGUCAGGAGUUUCUGCAGACGAUGGAGACGCCGACGGCGGAGGCUGGGCUGCACGCAGAUGCGGCUGACGUGACGGUGGCGGUUGUUAGUCAGAUGGCUGCUAAUCGAAUGCCAGAUGUAAUUAACAAUGACGGUCACAAUCUUGCAACAGUCUUGCCUGCGACGGAGGUGGCAAGUGCAAAGGAGCUGCGAGUGGCUGAUGUGUCGUUGCAUGCUGCGAAACAGACGACAGAACAGCUAGCGGCACAAGAAAGUUGCCAGCUACAGCAAAGUGAUGGCACGCAAGAAGCUGUGUGGCACUUACAAGAUGAAAAUAUGGACUUGCCACAGACAAUGCAUGCAACCGCCGCUCAUGCUAAUAAAAUUAAGGAAUUGAGUGAGCUAACGCAAACAAACACCACAGCAAUGACAACAGCUCAAAUACAAUCAGCUGCAGAAAACGAAAUAGCAACAACAACAAAUACAUCGGUAUUGAGGCAUGCAACGACGCUGAUAUCAAAACUGACAGCGACAAGUUGUACCCCAUCAUCGUCAACGUUGUCGUCAGCCACACAAACGCCAGCCGUAACGACAGCAACAACGCCCUCAGACACAACAACACACGCGCAGUCAACCAACAAGGCAGCCGUAUCUGCAUGUAACAUGCCAGCAAUGUCGCCGGCGGAUGAAAAACAAACCACAGCACUACAUCUUCUUCAGCCGCAGCAUCUGCAACAACAACAACAGCAGCAACGAGCGCAACGUAAACAAUUACCAGCGGCGGCGGCUGAAGACGGCAAUAACUCACAACAAUGUGUCGCCGCUGAUGACUUGCUCGUCGAUGCACUGGCAGCCGUUGGCGGCGUGGCACUUCCGCAAAGCAAUUAUCCAAUUAGUUGCAUUAAUCAAGCGGCCAUACACGCCACCAGUGCGUUACCAACGCAGCCGAGUGUUGUUGCAGCUGCAAAUUUCACAACGCCUGAGCAAGCGUUGCCAACAGCCGCAGCACUAUUGCCAGCCGCCUAUUUAACGUCUUCAGCAACGCACUCCGCGGGAAAUAUAACAAGCUGCCAACAACAACAGCAAGUGCUGUUGGUGGCGCAACCGCAAUUGUUGCCGCAAAGACAAUAUUUGAGCUACAUGAAUGCUAGCUGCUUAAGCAACGACAACGACAGUGGCGAUGUCAGCAGCAACAACAAGAACUUAUUACCGCCCUCACAUGCCGCCCACACGAAAACGCUGCAGAAACAAAUGUUCGGUCCGAAAUCUCUCAAUCAGCGGGCACCGCCUAAAACGGCAGCGUGGACCACACCUACCGCCCCCAUGACAACGCCCACGCUUGUGGGAGCGCAUAACGGCUUCAGCAUGCCAUCAAUAUUAGCACCUCUUCGUCCAACGACGCCGACAGCACUUUCGGCUGCACCUGUGGUUCCGCCGGUUGUGGAUAUUACGCAGCUGGGCACAUUGGUCUAAAGAUAACGAUGGGUUACUCGGUUGUUUGCUGACCAGCAACCGCACAUUUGCGCAGCCAGUGGGCAAAGGAGCGCGCCUUGAGUGCUCAAUACAGCUGGUGUAGGUUACACGGUGACUAUAAAUUACUGCACAGUGUUUUGGAUUUAGCUCAUCAACAGCAAAUAUGUAUUAGAAGUAAAGCUUUUGAAAAAAAUUUGCGCUUAUCUUAAACUUUCGAGUUUCGAGUUGGUAAAAUGAGGGCAGGGAAAUGAAUAGUACUUAAGGAAGUAUAUACCACUAUCACCAAUAUUAUUUAUUUAUUAAUAUACUAAUUCUUUGAGAAUUAUUAACUUCGUCUUUCUGAGCGCGUGAGAAAAUAUGGCGCAUGUCCUGAAAUUUUCCUCAUCAAAACCAACAACUACUGAGCGUAAAUGGCUCUCAGACCUUUUUGGUACCAUCUAAAAUUUCUCGAGUGCGAUUGAAACCCUCACUUUUCAUCAGAAAAUAGUUUGACAAAAGCUCGGCUAAAGACAAUUUUUAAGAUUUUGUGACUGCCGAUGUCGUACUUGUGGAUUUUCUUUUUAAUCGGAGUUAUAUCUGUUGACUCUGAUUGUGAAUUUAGUUGUCUGGAGGUAUUACGAGUAUACAAGUAUAGAAGCAUGUCUCGAACAACGUGCUUUGGUUCCUUGUCUUGUUGACAAAUCCAACGCUUUCCAAUAGUCAAACUAUCCACAGUUGCCUUCAAUUAUGUUUCAAUUAGCUUAGCGGUACAUAGUACCCUUCAUAAGAAAAUCAGUACCCCUCAUUUAAGAAACGUGUUCGGUAUAAAGUUGAAAGGUGAAAGCAUAUUUUAUUUUGUCUAMUAUAUUAACAAUUAUCUAUUAUUAGCAAUCAUAUAUCAUAUAUUAUAUAUAGUAUUCUAGAACUAGCAUUGACCUGUUUCAUAUAGGCCAACUGUGUGUAAUUAUAUUUUGCAAUUAUUAUUUUAUUUUUUGUUUUAAUAAUUUUACUGCUUAUAAUAAAUAAUGGUUAGUAUUAGAAUUGAAAAUUUGCUAUUCUAAGACACUGUGCAGCGCCGUUUAUUGUCACACGCUGUUUUCGCAUCUUCCUGGCUGCGCCCGCGGCAAUGGCAACGCUGUGGAACCACUUAUCAUUAAACGUUGGGAAUUUGCGGUGACGCUUAAGCGGCAUUACAAUGCAUAGAUAUAUUUAGAUAUUAGCUGUUAUACAUACAUACAUUUGUACAUACUUUUAUAAGGACUUGGCCAUCAGGCGUGCCUUCGUGUCUUUUGAUGCUCGGUCUUCAGCAAAUUUCCUUAUUUUCCACACAUUUUUCUCAACUCUACAAAGUGACCUUACUUACGUGUCGUUUAUGGCACAUUUUCAUUUACAUACACAUAGUAUAUACAUACAAAUGUAUAUACAUAUAUAGUAGCUUCAUAAGUAUAUUUAAGUAAGUUUGUGCGGGCAUUUGUGUAUUUGCAAUGGCGAUUUUUUCACAAAGAAUACAAAAUAAAAUGCGGCGUUUGUAGUUGUGUGCGUAUUUAUACAACGAUUAUGUACAUAUGUAAGCAAACGUAUUAUUAUGUAA